AUGGCUCACGCGGCCUCCCAAUUGAAGAAGAAUCGGGGGGAAGUGGAUGUGAAUGCAUUAGAGGACGAGAAGGAGAAGCGGAGGAAGAGCAGGAGAGCAGCGUCCCGGGAACAAAAGAGGAAGUCUGACAGCAAUGCCAGUUACCUGCGAGCAGCCCGGGCUGGAAACCUUGAAAAGGUCCUUGACUACAUCAAGUCGGGGGUUGAAAUAAACAUUUGCAAUCAGAAUGGUCUGAACGCUCUUCAUCUGGCCGCCAAGGAGGGACAUGUGGAGGUUGUUGCUGAGCUGCUGAAGCUCGGAGCCGCGGUGGACGCAGCCACGAAGAAAGGAAACACUGCUCUGCACAUAGCGUCGCUGGCCGGACAAACGGAUGUCGUCAAAGAGCUGGUCACUAACGGAGCCAAUGUCAACUCGCAGUCUCAGAAUGGCUUCACUCCUCUGUACAUGGCCGCCCAGGAGAAUCACCUGGAGGUGGUUCGGUUCCUUCUGGAGCACAGCGCCAGCCAGAGUAUGGCCACUGAGGAUGGCUUCACCCCUCUGGCGGUGGCCCUACAGCAGGGCCAUGACCAGGUGGUCUCCCUGCUGCUGGAGAACGAUACAAAGGGCAAGGUGCGCCUGCCUGCCCUGCACAUCGCUGCCCGCAAGGAUGACACCAAGGCCGCGGCCCUGCUCCUGCAGAACGACCACAACGCGGACGUCGAGUCUAAGAUGAUGGUGAAUAGAACAACGGAGAGCGGUUUCACCCCCCUGCACAUCGCCGCUCACUAUGGCAACAUAAACGUGGCCACGCUCCUGCUGAACCGGGGAGCUGCUGUGGACUUCAUGGCUCGGAACGACAUCACACCACUUCACGUGGCAUCAAAAAGGGGAAACAGCAACAUGGUCAAGCUGCUGCUCGACAGGGGAUCCAAAAUUGAUGCAAAGACCAAGGACGGCCUGACACCUCUCCACUGUGGGGCGAGGAGCGGACACGAGCAGGUGGUAGAAAUUCUACUCGACCGAGGAGCACCUUUCCUCUCUAAGACCAAGAACGGUCUGUCACCGCUCCACAUGGCCACUCAGGGGGACCACCAGAGCUGUGUCCAGCUCCUGCUCCAGCACGACGUGCCGGUGGACGACGUCACCAACGACUACCUGACGGCGCUGCACGUCGCCGCCCACUGUGGUCACUACAAGGUGGCCAAGCUCAUCGUGGACAAGAAGGCCAACCCCAACGCCAAGGCACUGAACGGUUUCACUCCACUUCACAUCGCCUGCAAGAAGAACAGAGUGAAAGUGAUGGAGCUGUUACUUAAACACGGAGCGUCUAUCCAGGCCGUCACUGAGUCUGGCCUGACCCCCAUCCACGUGGCAGCCUUCAUGGGUCAUGAGAACAUCGUCCAUUCACUGACGCAUCACGGAGCCUCACCCAACACCACCAAUGUACGGGGGGAGACCGCUCUCCACAUGGCAGCCAGGGCGGGGCAGGCCGACGUCGUCCAGUACCUGCUCAAGAACGGCGCCAAGGUGGAGACCAAGUCCAAGGACGACCAGACAGCGUUGCACAUCUCCAGUCGACUGGGGAAAGUCGACAUCGUGCAACAGCUGCUGCAGUGCGGCGCCUCUGCCAACGCCGCCACCACCUCAGGCUACACCCCCCUUCACCUGGCCGCCCGUGAAGGACACCAAGACGUUGCUGCCAUGCUGCUGGAUAACGGAGCCUCGCUCUCCUCAGCCACUAAGAAAGGGUUCAGUCCACUGCACGUGGCAGCAAAGUACGGCAAGAUGGAGGUGGCCAGUCUCCUGCUGCAGAAGAGAGCUGCGCCUGAUGCUGCUGGAAAGAGUGGGCUAACUCCACUGCAUGUAGCUGCUCACUACGAUAAUCAGAGAGUGGCGCUGCUGCUGUUGGAUCAGGGAGCUUCCCCGCACGCUGCCGCCAAGAACGGCUACACUCCGCUGCACAUCGCUGCCAAGAAGAACCAAAUGGACAUCGGGACCACGCUGCUGGAGUACGGCGCAGACACCAACGCCAUGACGCGGCAAGGCAUCAGUCCCAUUCACCUGGCGGCGCAGGAGGGCAGCGUGGACCUGGUGUCCCUGCUGCUGACCAAGAACGCCAACGUCAACAUGUGCAAUAAGAGCGGACUCACACCACUUCAUUUAGCAGCUCAGGAGGACAAGGUCAAUGUUGCAGAAGUCCUUCUCAACCACGGUGCUGAUGUCAACCCACAUACAAAGAUGGGUUACACCCCCCUGCACGUGGCCUGUCACUAUGGCAACGCACAGAUGGCAAACUUCCUGCUGCAGAACGAAGCCAGAAUCAACGGCAAAACCAAGAACGGAUACUCUCCUCUACACCAGGCGGCUCAGCAGGGCCACACCCACAUCAUCAACCUGCUGCUUCAGCACGGGGCCUCGGCCAACGAGCUCACCGUGAAUGGGAACACUGCCCUCUCGGUCGCCCAUCGACUCGGGUACAUCUCUGUGGUGGACACUCUGAGGCCCAUGACGGACGAGAACCUAACCACCAUGAGUGCAUCAGAAAAACACAAGAUCAAUGUUCCAGAGACCAUGAACGAGUUCCUCGACAUGUCAGAUGAUGAAGGUGAGGAUGCGAUGACCGGGGACACGGACAAAUACCUGCGGCCUCAGGACCUCAAAGAGCUGGGGGACGACUCCCUGCCCCAGGAGGGGUACAUGGGGUUCAGCAUAGGAGCCCGCUCCGCCAGCCUCCGCUCCUUCAGUUCGGAUAGGUCCAACACACUCAACCGGAGCUCGUUCGCCCGAGACAGCAUGAUGAUCGAGGAGAUCCUGGCCCCCACCAAGGACACGGUAAGACCCAGUUCUUCAUCUUCUUCUUCUUCUUUUAAAAAAAGCUGGACUCCAGACACCGUGGACCACAGCCACAGCCACAACACCGUGUCCAGCCCCAUUCACUCCGGCCUCUCCUCCCCGCUCCCUCAGUAUGACUCCAGGUUCUUGGUCAGCUUCAUGGUGGACGCCCGCGGUGGCUCCAUGAGAGGCAGCCGCAGCAAUGGCAUGCGCAUCAUCAUCCCUCCCAGGAAGUGCACCGCGCCCACACGCAUCACAUGUCGCCUGGCCAAGAGGCACAAGCUGGCCUACCCCCCUCCCAUGGUGGAGGGAGAGGGGCUGGUCAGCCGGCUGGUGGAGGUUGGACCGGCCGGGGCUCAGUUCCUCGGGUACGAAGCGCAGGACUUGAUGAGUUGACGUUUUCCUGCCCCUGACAAAUAAUUUCCAAUAAUCCCUGUGAUUGUGGAGAUCCCUCACUUUGGUUCCAUGCGAGGGAAGGAGAGGGAGCUGAUUGUGUUGAGGAGCGACAAUGGUGACGCGUGGAAGGAGCACCAGUCUGACGCCAGAUCAGAAGACCUCUACGAGCUGCUCUCUGGGAUGGAUGAAGAGCUGGACAGCCCUAUUGAGCUGGAGAAGAAACGCAUCUGCCGCAUCGUCACCAGAGACUUCCCUCAGUAUUUCGCGGUGGUGUCGCGGAUAAAGCAGGAGUCGAACCACAUGGGUCCGGACGGAGGCAUGCUGACCAGCAGCACCGUGCCCAUGGUGCAGGCCUCCUUCCCACAGGGGGCGCUCACCAAGAAGAUCCGUGUCGGCCUGCAGGCCCAGCCUGUACCCGACGACAUGGUGAGGGCAGUCCUCGGCAACAGAGCCACCUUCAGCCCCAUCGUCACCGUGGAGCCCAGGAGGAGGAAGUUCCACAAGCCCAUCACCAUGACGAUCCCUGUCCCACCUCGGUCGGCGGAGGGACAUCCCAGCGGACACAGGGGGGACGCUGCCCCGUGCCUACGUCUGCUUUGCAGCAUCACAGGAGGGACGUCCCCUGCCCAGUGGGAGGACAUCACAGGGACCACACCGCUGUCCUUUGUAACUGACUGUGUCUCCUUCACCACAAAUGUGUCGGCCAGGUUCUGGCUCGCAGACUGUCACCAGAUUCCUGAGACGGUGAGUCUAGCGUCUCAGUUAUACCGGGAGCUGAUCUGCGUGCCGUACCUGGCCAAGUUUGUGGUGUUCGCCAAGAUGAACGACAUAGUGGAGGCUCGGCUGCGCUGCUUCUGCAUGACGGACGAUAAGGUGGACAAGACGCUGGAGCAGCAGGAGAACUUUGAGGAGGUGGCCCGGAGCAAGGACAUCGAGGUUCUCGAGGGCAAGCCGAUCCAUGUGGACUGCUAUGGCAACCUGUCACCUCUCACUAAAAGUGGCCAGCAGUUGGUUUUUAACUUCUUCUCCUUCAAGGAAAACCGGCUUCCUUUCAAUGUGAAGAUCAGAGAUAUGGGCCAGGAGCCAUGUGGCCGCCUCUCCUUCCUGAGAGAGCCCAAGAACACCAAGGGCCUUCCACAGACGGCCAUCUGCAAUUUGAAUAUCACACUGCCAACCCACAAGAAGGAUAUGGAGUCUGAUCCUGAUGAUGAGACUGAAAAGCCCGAACGACGUCAUACCUUUGCCUCCUUAGCUUUGCGUAAGCGCUACAGCUAUUUGACCGACCCAGCAGCGAGUCCCCAAAGUCCCUGUGAGCGGACGGACCUGCGCAUGGCUAUCGUUGCAGAUCACCUGGGACUCAGCUGGACAGAGUUGGCCCGGGAGAUGAACUUCACAGUGGAUGAGAUCAACCACAUCAGACUAGAGAACCCCAACUCUCUGACAGCACAGAGCUUCAUGCUGCUCAAGAAAUGGGUCAGUCGGGAAGGGAAAAACUCCACAACGGAUGCCUUAACUACAGUGCUGACCAAAGUCAAUCGGAUGGAUAUUGUGACUUUACUGGAGGGCCCAAUAUUCGACUAUGGUAACAUUUCAGGCACGAGAUGUUUUGCCGAUGAUAACGCUGUUUUCCGGGAUCAGGCUGAUGAUUAUCAGAGCAUUCUAGCGGAGCUGCAGUCUCCCGCCACACUGCACUCUGAUCCCCACUUCCUGGAUCCCGAACUCCCUGUCACCCCUAACCCUUCCCUUGCUCAUCACCAGCCAGAACCACACACCCCUUUGCUGGCCCACUCCCAUCGUCAGCCCUUGCCCUGGAGCCCCGAGAUAGAGCCCGGUAGCAGAGAGCCAGGCAGCCCUCCCAGGAGCCCCCCCAGGCCUUGUGAGCUCACCCUUUCCUUCCCAGUCUUUGAACUCCCUGAUCCUGUCCCUUCCAAGGUCAGAAAGCCCUACAUCGCGCUGAACGACCAGCUGCUUUUGAGCGAGGAGGAAGACAGGCCUUGUCAUGAAAUGGAGCUGAGCCACAGGCCCAAGUCACCCUCCUUCCCCGCGAUGUGCGAGUUAGACACGUUUUACUUCACGUCAUCCCCUUCGCUAUCAUCGAUAUCAUCAAUUACCCCUUCAACGCCUGACAGAGCACACAUAGGAGACACAGGACUGCAGAUGGGUUCCCCCAAUGGGGUACAGUGGGAUGUAGGUUUGAAAGGAAGUGACAAGAAAGUGACAGAAGAGAUAAAGAACGUUGGGGAGAUGGUCGCAGCAGAGGUAGCAGAGGGAAAUGGAUUAGAGUGGGUAGAGAAGGACUUGAUCCAAAAUGUCGAAAGAAAGUGUGAGAUGAUAACAAAAGACAGGUCUAAGUUAGCGGAGGAAAGUAAAGGUUUGGUUGAACAGAGGGAGGAGUCUGCACUGGAAGAGCAGCACGUCCUUGUAGCAGAUGAGAGUAAGGAGACAGCCUGUGGGAUGGAAGAGGUGAUAGAUGUGCAGAGUCUGUCAGAAGAACCGAAUCAUGUGAUAGAAAGUGAGCAAGGAUUUGAAAAGGUUUGUACCACAAUAAAAACAAUGACUGUGAAUGAGGAUAUCGAUGAAAAGUCAGAGGUACAGGAGGGGGACGGGGGCGGAGAUGAUUUGGUCUAUGAGAGUAACAGAGUGGAUAACACAGAUGGACAAGUCCAGUUUAAAGACGAAGGAUCUCGUGACUGUGAUAAAGAAGUUAGCGGGACAGCCGAAGGGGACAAGGCAGCCGAGGACCAGGCUGUGGCUCGCCUCUCCCCUCAGGCCUGGGUUGAGGCACUUGGAGAACUUCAGUCGAGUGAGUCCAAUGAGGAAGAGGAGGAGGGACACAGAGACAAACAAACCACAGAAGAGACAUUGGGAACUCUGAUGGAGGAGGUGAAGAAUGAAGAGGUCUCAGAGGAAAAGGAGGAGGACACAGAGAUGAUGCAGGACAGGGUUCAGGCGAUCGCUGGUCCAGUUGAACAGGCAGAAAAAGACUUGUGUUCACUUUCAGGUUGGCACAGUGACUCCUCCAGCGUCAACGUGGAACCACCGACACCAGGCCGCAGUGUCAGCUCAGACCUGCUCGACAGACGGGAAAGCCAAGAAAUCUCCAGUGAGUCCAUCACUUCCUCGUCAAGGGCAGAAUCGGGGAGAUCCCGGCACAACGGCAGCAGCUCAAAGCACUCACCUCAGGGCGGCUCCUCUGAGUCAUCGAAUGGCAAAAAGGAAGAGGGGGCGCUGGUUUCAGAGAAAAAAGUCAAGCAGAAGGUUAGCGUAGAUUCCGGUUCAGACGAAGAACAGACUGUAACCACCAGAAUCUUCAGACGCCGUAUCAUUUUAAAGGGAGAAGAAGCAAAGAAUAUGCCAGGAGAGUCUACGACCGAGGAACACUAUAUGGACCGAGAUGGUAACCUCAUCAGUAGAAAAGUAAUCAGGAAGGUUAUUCGGAGGGUUUCUACUCCCACACCAGAAGGAGGUGACAAGCGGCUCCGGGACCUUCUGCACAGUCCCACUCUGCAGGAAGACGGGUCUGAGCAGGGAGACGUGUCGAGAAAUAGCCGGCGGAAGGAUGAGAGAAGGUCGGGGGAUAAGAAGCUCCACUCAUAGGGAUGGUUGUGAUCUACCAGGUGUACAGGAACUGGGUUAGAUGUUUCCUGGGAAUAUGUGUUCAGAGGGAAGAGUUGCGUCGUGAGGACUGCAGGCGCGGCUCCAGUCUGCAGCUGUCUUCUUCAAACAAGCGGUCUUCACGUGAGAGGAGGCGACCCCUCUGACUUACGCAUGAGCAUGAAAAACUCACUCCCUGUCAAUCAGAAAGACCCAGGAGGUUCUCUCGCUCCGACUGCGGUGGACCUGUGGACAACGAUUCUGCUUCCCGUUUUGUGUGAGACAAUAAUAAAUGCCAUCGGUCCACUGGUGACGUGAGAGCCCUGUGAGGAGGAGCAUCGUUUUCCUCGUGAAAAAACGAAAGACUCCGGUACCGACAACCACAGACGCAACUGUGACCAAAGAUGGCACAAAGAGCUCAAUCCACUCGGUGGGCAGAAAGAACGAAGCAGACACAAUAACACAAGAAAUAUUCAAUUGAACACUUCUGAUUCAAACUUCAACACUCGCCUUAUAGUUUCUUCUUGAACCCAUUGUUGUCAGGAUGUAAAUUGUCUUGGGAUUUUUUUUUUCUUCCUUUUUUAAAACUUAAACAACACAAAAGCUUUUUUCUGUAUAUACAAAUUGCGAUGUGUAAAAUUCUUUAAAGAUAAAAAAAAGGGCAUGUUUCUGGUUGAGAACGCACUGAGGAGAGCAACCUUUUCAAGUGCUUUCAAAAUUGAUGGAAACAGUUCCUCUUUUAAAGAUUUGAGUGUAACUUCACAGGAUCUUGUAUAAUUAAUUAUUAGAGCAGGUAUAAUGUUUGUACAUGAAAAAAAGAAGAGCUGGUUUGAUUUUAACAGAGGACAUUUCCAGAAAAUCAAUUUCAGUAAUUCCCAAAGUGGGAGUGGAUCUAAUCCUGCAAAAAAGCAGCCUUUCAGAGUACUCCUAUUUUCAUGCAUGCUGUUCACAUUAUUUUAAGUACGAUUUUUACAAGUUUGCAAACACUGUAUUCAAAUAACAAAUAAAACCCUUUAUCUGUGUACACAUAUAGUCCAAACAUUUGUCACCGAUUUUAUAUUUUGAAUUGAAAAAGGAAACCAUUAAAAGCAUUUAUCAUGUCGGGGGUGAGGAUGAGAGAGAAAAAAAGGAUCUAUGGCUUCUCGAGGGUGUGAUGUCUUGUCUAUGUAAAGCCGGAGGAGGGCAGCUUCUGCUACAAGAACGAUAUAAUCUGAAUGUAAAUGCUAGAAGGCUGGCUCGCUGUAAAAUUAUAACUGUUAUUGUGCGUGUUGGCUAUAAGGUGUAGGAGUCUCUGUACACUGUUAGACUGUUUGUAAUCAUUUUUUAGCAGUGUGUCAAUUUGGUUUCCUAACGGCUGCUGUGGUAUUAAAGGAAAACUGGGGGCAUUUUAUUUAGGAUUUUUUUAUUUAAAUUUUUUUUGGGGGUGAAAUAUUUCCUUAAUUUAAAACUACUCACAUUAAGGACACAUAAAGACAUUAUUUGAUUGUAGCUCUAAAUAGCAUAUUGUAUUACAAAUACACUGGAUGGUCAACAAGCAAUUAUUUAAGCAUUAAAUGAAUUGUGUUAAACUCUGAAACUGUGUGAUCUUUUUAGGCUUGAGAGUCUGUAUAUGCAGUGUCGAAUAGAGUCGUUUUCACUAGCUCAUUGGCAAAACUUUUACUUCACAUUACAAUAGGACUUCUCUUUUGUAUUGGUUUUCAUUAGAUGACCCAUGUAGUUAAAGUGUGGUGUUCUACUGGAGCGAUGGCUCAGUAUGCUGAUGUCUAAUGCUGUGGACAUGAAGACUAUGUGACUUUCCUUUUUUUGGUGGGGGGGGGGGGGGUUAAAGGAAAUCAGGACGAGUGCUGUACCACAUCCCCGUAAACUGUCAAUCAAGGGGUAUAUGGACCCUUUGAUGUGGUCUAACUAUCAAUUUUUGUCAAUUUUGUUGGAUAUGUGUUUUCACAUGAGCAGAUUUUUUGAUGUACAAUUCUUACUAACAGCGUGAAGCCAUUGAAAUGUAACUAUUCUAGCACUUUGGUUAUUCAAGGUCUUUUAGAGGCUAUAGCAGCAAUGAUGCCAUCACAAAUGUUUCAGACGUCUUUAAAAAAAAUCAAACUAAAAAUGACAAAAAAAAAUAAAAUAAAAAUGCAUUGAUUUCGCAGUACAA